AUGUUCCGUUCCGCUGUCGUCCGCUCGUUGAGAGCCUCCGUUCCCCGUGCUGUCAGGACUCCUGCUGCCUUCCAGAUCCGUAGCUCUCCUGUUGCUCGUCCUGCUCAAUUCGCCCCUCGCUUUGCUUACCAGGGUGUCCGCCUCUACUCUGCUCCCGCCGGUCUGAACAAGGAGGAGGUCGAGGGCCGGAUAGUCAACCUCUUGAAGAACUUUGACAAGGUUCGUUCGUUCGACUUCUUUUCCCUUGCUCUCAGUGGUCCAUCGGACGGAACAGCAAAAAUGUUACCAAAAAUGGUGUUUGAGUACCGAAUUACUGACGCGAUUGAUGGUGUACAGGUCUCCGAUGCCAGCAAGAUCAACGGCUCUUCCCACUUCUCGAACGACCUCGGUCUGGAUUCCCUGGAUACUGUCGAGGUUGUGAUGGCUAUUGAGGAGGAGUUCAGCAUUGAGAUCCCUGACAAGGAGGCCGACACUAUCCACAGUGUUGACAAGGCUGUUGAGUACAUCCUUGCCCAGCCUGAUGCCCACUAA